AUGGGGAUGGAGCAGAACAACAUGAUCGCACCGUUCAUCAUGAAGACAUAUCACAUGGUUAACGAACCAAACACCGAUAACCUGAUCAAGUGGGGUCCAUCUAACAACAGUUUCAUCGUCCUCGACCCCCUCGAAUUCUCUCACUCCCUUCUCCCUCUUUUCUUCAAACACAACAAUUUCUCUAGCUUCGUUCGUCAACUCAACACCUACGGUUUCAGAAAAGUUGAUCCGGAUCGUUGGGAAUUUGCGAAUGAGUGGUUUCUAAGAGGACAAAAGCACUUAUUGAAGAACAUAGUUAGAAAAAAGCACGUUGGUGGAGCUGGAAAUGGAAGGAACAAUAAUAAUAAUAAUAAUAAUAAUAAUAACUAUUAUUCUAAUGAAGUGAAGUUUGAGGAUUUUGAAGAAGAUGAAGCUAUGGUGACAGAAAUAUUGAAGCUGAAAGAAGAACAAAGAAAUUUAGAUGAAGAGCUUCAAGGGAUGAACAAGAGAUUAGAAACAACAGAGAAACGACCACAACAAAUGAUGGCUUUUCUUUGCAAUGUCGUUGAAGAUCCUCAAAUUCUGUCUAGAAUACUCAACCAGAGAGAGAAACAGAUAGUUCUUGAUAAGAAAAAAAGACGGUUGAUAUCUCCAGCGACAACGGUUCUGGUGGCGGCUACCUCGACUUCCUCAGACUCGUCUGGCAUGGCGGUUGGGAAUUCUGUCAAGACAGAGUUUGAGGAAGACGAGGUAACUGUUGCUAAUAAUAUGAUGCCAUCGUCUUCGCCGGAGACGGGAUUUGAAAUUGAUUAUUUCCACCGUGCGCCGCCGCCAGGAGUGACGCCGGUGGGGGGUUGGUGGGGACAGACGGAGAUUGGACAAAUGGGGUAUGGAUAUGAUUGCAAAAAUUUUCCGACUCCGUUGACGGGGUUGUCUCCGGUGCCGUUUAUGGGGGGUGAGCAUAGCGGCGAUGGUAAAAUGGGGGGUGUGGAAGUUUUAAGUGAAAUGGCGGCGGAGAAUAGUUCGUUGCCACCUUAUCCUUUUUCUUUGUUGGAUGGUGGCUUUUAG